CGUUAGUCUUUUAUUCGACAAAACCACCCCAAAAACCUCCUUCAUUCCUUAUAAAUACCCUCCGCAACUCCACAUUCCUCUCCAUCUCCAUCUCCGAAGAAACUAGGUUACUAACAAUGGAAACUGAAAAUGUCAACACAAUCGUUUCCAAACUCCGACCAAUCCCCUCCCCAGUCUCACAUUUGUGCUUCACUGCCUCCCAAAUCUGGCUCAGAAUCGUCGCCGCCGCCAGCUCAAUUGCCGCCGCCUGUUUGAUGUUCAACAGCCGGCAGUCCAAGGUGCUUUUCGGAACCGAUCUCGACGCUCGUUACACCUACAACCCCUCCUUCAAGUUUUUUACGAUAAUGAACGUGGUUGCUUCAGUCUUGUCUCUCUUGUCGUUGCUGCCGGUUUUCUCACUCGGCCGGAAGUUCUCCAACCCCGUCAACUAUUUCUUCUUGUUUAUACAUGAUCUGAUUCUGACGUCAUUAAUGGUGGGUGGAUUUGGAGCUGCGAGUGCUAUUGCUCAAGUGGGUAAAUAUGGAAAUAACCAUGCAGGUUGGAUGCCGAUUUGUGACAACUUCGGGAAGUUCUGUCACAAAGUAAUGGCGUCUUUGAUCUUGAGUCUCUUAUCGACAAUUUGUUAUUUGCUUCUUACUGUUAUAUCUGCGAAUAAAGCAAGAGAAGUUUCAGAUUGAAAAAAAUGAGACGUUUUUUUACAUACACAUGUGAAAUGACUUUAAUGUCCCUCAUGGAGAGGGGAGCUUGCUUUAUGUGGACUUUGUGAAUUGUAAUCGAAAGUAAGUUAGAUGUUUUUAAAUGAAAUUGUUUGUUUUAUUUGAUCA